UAGCGCCCAACUCAGAUCUGAAGAGUCAGAGAUAUAGAAGAAUCGAUCAUCCCAAGGUUAGUAGAGAAAGACGAUUUUACCGCCUAAGAUUUUCUCCUUUCAGGGGCACCCAACGAGAAUAUAGUUCAAAACCACUUAAACAUAGCAUUGUUAAACUUAUUUUAGUAUUUAAACGGUAGAUAUAGGCAUAUUUUUAUCCCCUAAAACAUUUUCAUCUGUUCGGAUUUCCUAGCUGAAAGUCUGGUGAUCCGAAAAUUAUAGGGAUCAAAACUUACCUUUUCGAAAAUUUCAGCCAGAAAAAAGGCUCCCGAAAAUUCUAGGUGACCUUUUUAGGGUAAAAAUCCGUUAAAAAUAGGCAAUUAUACCAUUUUUGAGAUGUUCGAAAAUCCUAGGAGAGGCAGGCAAGCAAGAAAUUUUACAACAAAUGUUUCGAAAAUUCUAGAUCUCAAAUCGUCUUCCGAACAGAUAUUCUUCCGAAAAUUGUCGUUGGGUGCCCCUGUCCUUUCGGGUGAUUCGUAAUCAACUCAGCUGAUAUCUUUUUUCAACAUUAAACAGUUUCUAUAACACAACUCGCUGCUUACAAUACAUUGGUCAGAAUGCUCUACCUAAUUACAACACGAGUACAAACUUACGUCUUCAUUCAUUGUAAAGUAUCGACUGAUAAAGGCAAGUCGCCUUCAAUUUUUAGUUUCUUCACAGGCAUAUUUGUAGCUACGCAUUCAAUCAAAAUAUAAUUGUAUAAUAAUACCUAAGGAUGUGCAAGCAUGACAAAGUAAUUAAUUACUGACUAACUGAAACCUAAUUACCUAAUUACUGAGAGCAGAAACAAAAAUAAGGAUCAGAUAUUUAACAGGGCCGGGUUUCAACUUCAAUUUUGUUUCGUAGGAGAGAAAAGUCACUGAAGUCAAAGGCAAUGCAGAUCCCUCCCAAGAUCGUCUUGUUGGCUUUAGUCACGGUGAUGAUGGUAGAGCUCCCUGGAUGGACCGUAGCCAAAAUCACUUCAAAACACGGUAAGGAAAUGUCGCUAGCCCCAAAAUCCCGUUCUCCAACAAUCUUGAUACAACCUUGAUAGGGACAAAGACUUGUCACACGAUCAAUCUUAUACUAGCUACUGGCUGACUUUUUAAAAACGUUUUUGCUCCCAACAAACGUAACAAGGUUGUUCGAAAAAGGCAUUAGUCAGAGGAGUAUUCUUCUAAAAUGUUAACUAAAAUCUGUUUCAUUGUGUCGAGAUUUCAUUGCGUAGAGUGACUCAUCAUUGCCGGCGCUUAUCUUCGGUUUCUAAGUGUUUCAAUACUUAAAUAAACUGAAGAGACUAAGAUUUUUUUAUUUCAUGCAUCAUGGGGAAGUGAAACUCUGUGAAAGGAGAGUGUCAUCUCGCCCAAGAACUCAACGCGAGGACCACGAUUAACCCCAAAUUCUCGUCGUUUAGAACCUCAAGUACCAUCACAUCUUCCACAAUUUUCUAACAAGGUGUUUGUUCCUUUGAAGGCGCCUCUUCUAAGACAAACCCUGAGCCUCCUUCUUCCAAGACUGAAGCCCCACUUCACUCGAGAACCUGCUCAGGCUCAAGUUCGACUUUACUGACAUGGCUUUGCCAUGCUGCACAGGCUAUUCUGCCAGAGUUCCCCAUGGGAAAUACUGCCUUGUACAUCAUCAACAAGCUCCUUGAAAGAAAACAAGACCAGAACAGUCCAAUAGAAAACAGUCAAUGGGAUCGAUUAAGAGACGACGUUACUCAGUACUUAGAUGAUUCGUUAAGUCCAAGUUCAUUCCGCAACAUAAGGGGUAAAUUAGAAGGGUUUCGCGUAGCUUAUCUACACUGUGCUAACGAUACUACGGGGUCUGCGAAAACAAGUUGUUUACAUAGUUUAUGGCUAGACAUGAUUGCGGCCGAAGGUACAUUCAAAGGACACACAACAAGAGAAAGAAGUUUACUUUCAAAAUACUUCGAUAGAUUCACCAUUCUUUUCAACGCCAUCACCCAAGAGUUUAAAACGUCCUAUGAUACUGAUCCCCCAGUAAAUGGUAGUAUAAAUAUUGAUAGGACUUUUAGGAGUCGCCAGUGUAGUUUUUACAGGUAUAGUUGCGAGGCAAUACGUUCAGCUAGAGAAUAUGCCUGUCGACACAUAUACCUGACAUUUUUUGACACCACUCCCUUGAUUUUUGACAGAGACCUAGGCUACGCAGUUCCCCCUGAUACGUGUAAUAUAAAGAUUAAUCGAUCGCGGAAAAGGCGCGAGGCGUCGAAAGAUUAUCACAACGUAGAAAUCACCACUGUAGGGAGCGCCAAGAAGCAUAAGGGUUGUGGUGUCUUUCAAAAAUCGCGCACUUAUGCUGCUUACGUUUACAACAGCAAGACAGGGGAGUACCCGUGGGAGUCGCCUUCGAUUGAAGCCUGCUCAUGGGAAGCGGUGACGAAACUUCGGUCCUUAUGCUUAAGUUCGUACCCAGCCAGAAAACGGCACGUGAAGGGCUGUAAAAACAACGUGAAGGAACACUUUGAGAAGGGUAUGAGUGCACGUAGAAACGAGAUGAGGGAGAUGGCUGGAAGCAAUUGCCCGAGGUUGGAUGGGUGCGACUAGUAAGGAUGAACACGGUUGGCAUUGAAACUGUAGACUAAUAAAUGUAACCAAAUAAAAUGUGAGCAGUAACAACCUCUUUGGUUUAUGAUCCGCAUCUGAAAAGAAAUGUGGCGGGAGAACCCUUUUAGUCCCUUGAC